AUGAGGACCUCCUCGCGCUGGUCCCUCCUCAGGGCUAUCCUCCUGCUCGUAGCUCUGUUCAUCACUCUCUCAGUUGCGCAGACCGAGUCUGCCGAGCCAGCACCAUCAACAGAGCCCGCUGCCGAGCCCAGCACGGAAGCACCCUCGCCAUCAGCAACACCCAGCUCUCAGACUGCCUCCCCAUCCACUGCUUCGAGCGGAGGCGGCGGCAGCGGGACACCCACCACCACCACCCCUCGACCCUCGGGAAGCAAUCCCCCUGACGUCUAUCUCCGCGUUCCUGAGCUCUCAGUCGGCCGCAUCGAGCUCGACGUGGAUGACCUCAAAGCGGAUGUCAACCUCAACGCCGAAAUUGCCAACCUCGUCUCCAUCAACGUCGGUGUGGCGGUUGGCAUCCAAAAGGUCAACAUCACCAUUUCUGACGUAGAAGCCGAGCUUGAGCUUGUUAUUCGUUUGGGACAUUUGGUCGAAAUCGUCAACCGAACCCUCUCAUCUCUUGACCUCAACCCACUGCUGAUCAACCUGCUGAACAACGUUUCUGACAUUGUUGACUCUGUUGUUGGCGCCGUGGAUGGCUUGCUGGGUACUAUCACGCAGGGCGGCAGCACGUUGAGGUUUUUGAUUGACAACCUGGGGAAUAUUGUGCAGGAGGUUGCUGGGGAGGGAACAGAUAUCGUCAGCAGCAUUGUUGGAAAUUAUCAGAAGAACAUGACGUUUACUGGUGUGGCUAAGGAGCUAGGGAACGGGCUGACACAAAGGACGUACCGGUAUGAUGCGCUGGGGAGCUUGGUGAAUAUCAUCUUUAAUACCAUGGGACAAGUCGUGCAGGCUGUCGUGGUCGGGAAGGAUAAUAGCGGUGGCGGCGGCGGAGGAGGCGGCUCAACGACGACAGCUCCUGCCAGCUCCGCACCUGCCACAAGCGUGGCUCCGGCUCCAACGACAAGUGCGCCGGCGGAAGAGGGCGAGUAG